UGGUUAAAGCACGCCUGGAAGCAGCCCUUGGAUACCGAAUGGCGCCGAAAUCAAUCUGCCGUGCGGUCUCCGCGCUUCGAAAAGCCGGUAUUCCGCUAUUGCCGAGUCGCGUGGCUCCCGCUUGAUGCUGGUCCUCGAUCUGUUUAUAUUGGGGUCAAUAUCAGAUUGCCUCUUUCGGCGAAACCGAAACACUCCCGAGACCACCGCGUAAAAUGAACAAUAUAGAGAGGCAUUGAAACAAAGGCACAAUCAAGAUCAUCUCCGAAGGUGUAACAUGCUGCAGGUCUAGAUAUAAUAGCAUUCAUACUCCGGUUUCUGCUCAUCAUUGUUCGGCACACUGCAUUCCUACAACAAUUCUCAGCUACACUGGAAUUAUCAUGAAGCUCUCCACCACGCUCACACUCGCUCUUGUAGCUAGGGUAGUCAACGCAGCGGCUCUCCAACCUCGCCAUUACCUCUUCCCCGCCAUAACCGGUACAGCAGACUGGUCCUCAGUCCGCACAACCGCAAACCACUACUCCAACGGCCCCGUAACCGACGUCUCCUCGCUCGAUCUCCGCUGCUAUGAGCUCAGCCCUGGCACGGGCGCUGCCAGCACUACAUCCGUUGCCGCUGGUGGCAGCGUGUCCUUCACAGUCACCCCCAACAUCUUCCACCAGGGCCCGCUGCAAUUCUACAUGGCCAAGGUGCCGUCUGGCAAGACGGCGGCUAAUUGGGAUGGCAGUGGGAAUGUGUGGUUCAAGAUUUACACCGAGAAGGCGAAUGUGGCGAAUGGCGCCUUGACUUGGGACAGCAUCAAUGCUGCGACUGCUUCGGUUACUAUUCCUAAGAACACUCCGUCUGGCGAGUACCUCUUGAGGGUUGAGCAUAUUGCGCUGCACUCUGCUAGUACUAUCAAUAGUGCUCAGAUCUACAUUUCGUGCGCGCAGGUUCAGGUCACGGGUGGCGGAAGUGGAACUCCGGCACCGCUUGUUGCGUUCCCGGGUGCCUAUACAGCCGGCGAGAAGGGACUGCAGGUCAACAUUUACAGUGGUCAGACGAGCUACACGCCCCCGGGCCCUGCUGUAUGGACUGGUUAAGAUCCAAGACAGCGCAGAACAGACAGCGGGCGCUCUGAUACCAGGUCAUUGAGGAUGUACCAAUUCAUGAAGCAUGAUUACCACACAUAAUCGCGCCUCCAUUUACACAUUCUCACGAAGCCUUGAACCCAACACCAAUGUGUAUAUCCCACCUCAAAUACGCCCCACUCUCCCUAUCUUCCACCGCCGACACCCUCCUCCUCUCCACCUCCUCCUCAUCCCAAGAUCCCUCCUCCCUGAUCUUCGCCAAAUUCCGCAGCCCCCCAAACACAGCCCCGAUCCCCAAAUCUGUAAACUCGCUCCUCUGUGACGGGUCACGGUCCGUACUCAGCACAUCCUCCUCCACUCCUUGCAGUCCCCC